AAAGUUUUAUUAAAGUGCCGUUGAAGAAGGACCAGUCAUGGCAAUAAUAUAGUAAAAUAUAAGUUUAUUCUCCUGUAUAACUAAAUAAUAAUUAUGGCUGUGGAAAAGGAACAAUAUAAUUAUACAGAUAAACAAAAAGUGUAUGGAGCAGUAAAUAAGGAACUGACAGAAACUUUUUUAAAAAAGGAGAAAUUUGAAGAAGAUUUAAAUGCAUCAGUUCCAAAAAUUGGAUAUCGUCACCUACAAGUUUUCCUGCUCUUUCUAUUAUGCUUUACAGCAUUUGGUUUCCGGGUAAACUUAUCUGUUGCUAUAGUUGCUAUGACAGAUCCCUCUGUAAAUGAGAGUCCUGAAAUACCAAGUUAUCCUCAUUGGACUGAUAAGAAUGUAGUACUUUCAGCCUUUUUUUGGGGUUAUGUAUUGCCUCAGAUAUUUGCUGGAUGGGCAGCUACCAAAGUUGGAGCCAAAUGGAUAUUAAUUUGUACUUAUGCAAUAAAUUCCGUGUUUGGAUUUGGGAUUCCGUAUGCGGCAGCCUACUUUGGCUCAAAAGGCGUAAUGGUGUGCAGAAUGAUUCAAGGGUUGACCCAAGGAUUUAUAUACCCCUCUGUCACAGCUGUGUUAAGUCACUGGGUUGUUCCGCAGGAGAGAUCAAGGUUGGGUACCAUAGUCUAUGCAGCCGGUCCUAGUGGUACUAUUCUAGGCAUGUUUCUAACAGGCAUGAUAUCAUCAAGUUCCUACGGAUGGCCAUGGGCAUUUUAUUCUUAUGGAAUCAUUGGUAUAAUUUGGUGUUUUCUCAUGAUAAUUUUUGGAUAUAAUAGUCCUUCUGAAAAUCCUUAUAUUAGCAAAGCAGAAAAAUAUUAUAUCGAAAGUAAUUUAGGGCACACUGAUGGAAAAAUUAAACACCCAACACCAUGGAAAGCAAUUUUAACAUCAAAGCCGGUGUGGGCUUUAUUUAUUACCCAGACUGGCAAUAAUUAUGCCUUUUGGACAUUAUUUUCACAAAUACCUAGCUACAUGAACUAUGUCAUGCAUUUUAAUAUGAAGGAUAAUGGUUUGCUCUCUUCUUUACCAUACAUUGUUUUGUGGAUAUUGAGUUGGGGAAUCGGUUUUACUUCAGAUUUUGUAAUAAAUAAAGGAAUUUUAUCUAGAACUGCCUCAAGAAAAACCUUUAAUUCUUUGGGUCAAUUUCUUCCUUCAAUAGCUCUUGUAGUUCUUGGAUUUAUUAGACCAGAUCAGCCUAUCGUAGCAGUUAUCUUACUUAUAACCGCUGUGGGAACUAAUGCUUUCCAUUUUUGCGGCUUUAGUGUAAAUUAUUUAGAUCUCAGCCCUAACCAUUCUGCAUUGAUUAUAGGAUUAUGUAAUGGAUUUUCUCAAAUAACUGGUAUAGUUGCGCCACUGGUUGUACAGUGCGUGGUUACGAAUUCAAGUGAUCCUCUUCAAUGGAGAAUCGUCUUUUUUAUUGCUGCAGCCAUUAGCACAUCCUCAGCAAUAGCGUUUAUUAUUUUUGGUUCUGCAAAAGUGCAGCCUUGGAAUGAGCCAGAAAAGCAUGUUGACGAGGAAAAAAUAUAAAAUUGUUUUUAAA